ACCAUCAUAAAAAGUGGGCGCACCGGCGCAAUCGCAGUCUUGUUGCUUUGACGUUGCUGAAGCGUCGGCAGUGCGCAUAGAAGGGGAUAUACAGAAGAACAACUAUAUUCUUGCAAAAUGUCUCGAGCGGCAGAUAGACUGAGAAUGAUGUUGAAUCAUCUAGAUCGACCAUCCUUUUGUGUUGCCUCUUCUACCUCCAGCCAACAUGCUGCUUAUUAUCAACCACAUUCAUUCAGGUAUACCUUAGACAAUGACAUACUGAGCCCUGAACAGAGAUUAUCCUAUGAGGAGAACGGCUUCAUCGUUGUCAAGGGCCUGGUGUCUGAGGAGGACAUCAACAGAUUUAGGGAGAUGUUUGAGCGGAUAUGCCGCAAGGAGGUGAAGAUCCCUGGGCUGAUUAUGAUGCGGGAUGUGUCCAACAACAGGUCUGAGUUCAUCCCAGACCAGAAGACCGUCUCCAAGCUGCAGGACUUCCAGGAAGAACCGGAGCUAUUCCGCUACUGCACCCUGCCUCAGAUCCUGAAAUAUGUGGAGUGUUUCACUGGUCCCAACAUCAUGGCCAUGCACACCAUGCUGAUCAACAAGCCCCCAGACACAGGGGAAAAGACGUCUCGCCAUCCCAUGCACCAAGACCUACACUAUUUCCCGUUCCGUCCGGCCGACCGCAUUGUAUGUUCCUGGACCGCCAUGGAGAGGAUUAACCGCCAGAACGGAUGUCUGGUGGUUCUGCCCGGUUCGCACCAAGGCAUCCUCAAAGAACAUGACUACCCAGAGUGGGAGGGCGGAGUCAAUAAAAUGUUCCACGGGAUCCGUGACUACAACCCAAAUCAUCCCAGAGUGCACUUGGAGAUGGAGAAAGGAGACACUGUGUUUUUCCACCCUCUAUUGAUCCACGGAUCUGGAAUGAACAAGACCCAAGGCUUCCGUAAGGCCAUCUCCUGCCACUACGCCAGCUCUGAAUGCUAUUACAUCGACGUGAGCGGAACCUCCCAGGAGAACAUCGCACUGGAGGUGAAGGGGAUCGCAGAGAGGAAGUACGGUUUGGACAACAGUAUCACAUUCGAGGACACCUGGGCUGUAAGGGGCCGUCUGGUACAAGGGGAUAGGAUCAACAUGUAAGAGAGCCCAUCUGAGAGGGACGGUCAUUGGUCACUCAACGCCAACAACCUGCCAAUCAAGUUUGAGUGUAAAAAGCAUGGGAGGGAUUUAUUGAUUGGGUUAAGAGAAUGUUCAAGAGUCCAGUCACAGGGCCGUUUGACGGGGUGUGUUUGACCUAACAAGCUUCCAGUUUUCAACUGUAAUAUGCAAAUGGUACACCGGUCAAACCACACCAGAACAGUCAAACCUGCAGGUUCCUGCUCAACAAUGGUAAAGAGAUAAGCGAAUGGAAGUUAAUUAUAGACACUGAUUGUAGUUAUCUUUUGCCUAACAAUGAACUAUCUGUGUGAGGGGCUGAAUUGAGAGAAGCAAUGGUAGAAUGUGAAUGUGUGAUGGGGAGUUCGUUGAUUGGAUGGAUGGGAACGGGAGGGUGUUUUUGUUACAUCAGAGUAUGUUUAAGUGGACUUUGGAAAACAGGUAUGCAGCAAAUGGUGUGAGUGUUGCUUUGUAGACAAAUCAAUACGUUAUUAAAUAAAACUAACAGAGAUGCCUUAAUAUCAUGGAAAUCUAGUUGUAUUUUACAUCACUUUUAUGAGACUGCAUUCAGCACUUAGUGCCAUUACAGAUAUAUGUGAUAUUCUUUUCAUGAUAAUCACUGACAAUAAACAGAUGUAGAAUGAAA